UUUACGUGUUGUUUUUUUUUACCGAAGCGGCGCUGUUCUACUGUCAACGGAAGGUCUAGUCUGGAUGAGAGCAAGCUGUCAGAGAUGCCCCUGGAAGUGAGUUGGCCUUUCCCACAGCGCCCCUGUCUGCUCCGGAGGAUCACCAGCACAGUGGUCACGGGCCUGGUGGGUUCCUACAGCCGCUUCUGGACCAAAUACAUGAACUAUCUUACUGUCUACAACCAGGAUGUCCUGUAUGAGCUGAUUGAGAAGCGGCCUGAGGGCACUCCACUCAUCACCCUGUGUAACCACCAGUCCUGCAUGGAUGACCCACAUCUCUGGGGUAUCUUGAAGCUGAGGCAUCUUUGGAACUUCAGCAAAAUGAGAUGGGCGCUGGCAGCAGCCGAUAUCUGUUUUACAAAAGAGGCCCAUUCAAGGUUUUUCAGCAUGGGGAAAUGUGUACCUAUCUGCAGAGGUGACGGUGUUUAUCAGAAAGGCAUGGAUUUUAUUUUGGAGAAGCUCAACAGAGGUGAAUGGGUGCAUAUUUUCCCAGAAGGAAAGGUGAACAUGACUCGGGAGUUUAUCAGACUGAAAUGGGGCAUUGGACGUCUCAUAGCAGAGUGUAAUUUAAAUCCAGUAAUUCUGCCCCUUUGGCAUGUUGGCAUGAACGACGUCCUUCCUAACGAGCCUCCGUACAUUCCACGAUUCGGACAGAGAAUAACCGUUUUAGUUGGAAGACCUUUCACUUUAAAGCAUCUUGUGGAAUCGUUGAAAUCUGAGAACAAAACUCCAACGGAGAUGCGGAAAGCAGUGACAGAUUUUAUUGAAAAGGAGUUCCGCAGUCUGAAAACUCAAGCCGAGGCCCUUCACCAGCGCUUCCAGACCAAUGGCCGAUAGCAGGAUGCAGACCUGUGUGUGUGUGUGUGAGUGAGCGAGUGUGAGUAGAAGUCUGUCUGGCAUCGGUGAAAGCACUCCUGGAAAAAGAGGAUGCACUCGAAAUCUUUAAAGUAAUUGUAGCUCUCAAAAUAAUUCUGUAAGUCUUACACAUUAUGCAUGUUCAUUAGCUAUGUAGGCCUUGCAGUUUUUGAAGAAAUACAUUCAUUUUAUAACAGAAAGCUGGUACAGUACCGCACUAGGUUUAAAGAAAGCUGACUUGUCUUGUCUUCCAGGAAGUCUAUUGCUGUUUUACUUCCUUGGUCAUUUCAGUCCAGCUAACAGCAUAUUACUGACUGAAAGCGAAAGCAGCAUAUUGUUUAUUGACAGGAAAGAAGCCAGUGAAGGGGAGGGGACAAAUUCACCCUCCCGGUGACCCAGGAAGUGUGUAACAGUCUAAAAGCAUGGCUUGUAAAUAGAUAUUUCUAUAACAUUUGGAGAACACCAGAUAUCAGGUUUAAAAUAAGAAUACAUGGUAGCUAAAACAUUUUUCUUAUGUGUUUACAGAACUUCACAAGACCUAUAUAAUGAAUGGCUGUGCCUGGUGGAGAACGUUAAUGACAUAUUUUAUUAGUUAAAAUUACUUUAGAGUUUAAAUUAGUAAUAUUAUUGUCACCCGAUUGCAUAUGUUACACUUUUUCAUAUAUCUGCAGACCCGCUCAUUCAAUCAUGAGGAAACUUCCUAAGGACCUUUUGUGGAGGCUGUCUGUCUGCCACGCGUACAUUUUUACAAAUAUCUGCUUAAUGAACUGUAAACAGGGUAUUCUUUAGCACAAGUUUAAAGAGUGUCCGUUUCUGACUGGCUGUACAUCCAUGUGUCAGGUCUGUGUUUUUACCUGUAGGUGUUUUUAUUCAGCUGUGAUGAUAGAACACUUUGAGCUCAAGUUAUUGAGGGUUGUGGAAUCUGGGAUGAUAUAGAGGCAAGUAGAUAGUGGGAUGCACUUCUUCAUGCUAGUGAUAGCUGUAGCUCUAUUUUGAUGCUGGGGCUUUGUGUUCCUACAGUGACUGGGAUAUAAUGAACCCAGUUGGAAGGGAGCUUGGGCUGGACAAAAGCACCAGUUCUUGAACAGUAACAGUUAUAGAAACCUAUGUCAUUUUAGCUUGUUAAAAGAAUUAUAAUGUUUUCUGUUUUUAUGAUUGAAUUCAGUGCCAAUGGAAGCUUAAUUAAGACAGCAUUGUCAUUUCUCAAUUUAAACCAGUUACUGCCAGCUGCCUUGGAACAGUACAGACCACAAACUGUGAUUUUCAUAUAGCCAGUCCCCUGGCCCAGGCAUCACAGAGCCUGCCUCAGUCAGUCACCUGGACCGUGCCAUCACAGCUAUAUUCUCUGAUUCGCUAUAUCAUGUUUGAUUUAUAAUAUAAAUGUAAUCCUUUUGGAACAGUCAUUUUAAUAGCUGUACUGGCACAGGGACCAUUUGAGAUACUGACUUGAUGUGCAGGGUUAUGUCAAACCUGUAAGCUCAAGGGUCUCUGAUAAUGACACCGACCUCUGAUCCAGCAGAGCUGCCACAUUGAAUAGGCUUUUCAGGAUUCCUGGUGGAGAUGACACAUUUUGAGAUUGUCUUCACAUUGAUUCUCUUCAUCAAUUUUGCUGAUAAUAACUGAAAAAUAAAGCAACUGAACUUUACAACCACUGCUUUAUUAUUCCUUGUACUUCAUGUUUACAAGCCAUUCUUUCUGAGGUGCCUUUCCUUUUAAGAAAGUUUACGAAUGAGAGGCCAUUCAGUCCAUCUCCGCUCGUCCAAUUCCUAUACAUAUAUCUGUUAUUUUUUUUCAAGUAACAAAAUUACAUUGGACUAGCAGUUUCCAAGAUGUAGCCAAGUAGAUAGCAAUGUCCUGUGCUCUAAUGGCCUUCUGCAAAGGAAUGUCCAUACCAAGUUUUAUCACAGUUAAAUGAAAGGUAGACCUAAUGUAUGUGAAUAUGUAAGUGUGGUGUGGUUAGAGACAUGUGAAAAGUUGCAGACCUUUCUUAUUCAAUGCUGCUAAGUUGCAAACUGUAUUCAGCAACAUUUACUAACUGGCUGCCAAACAUGGUAAUUAGAGUCCUGACUUAUAUUUGCCUAUCUUCCCAGUAAGUUGCAAACUGAAGGACAGGUUUAUAAGAUGGGGAUUUUUGCAGCCAGAAAUGAAAUCGAUACAGUACUAUGCAGCUGUUUCACCUGUUCUAGAACUGCAGCAUACAUUUGCAGAACUUGUCUACUGCCACAUUCUGUGUUUUCAUGUGAAUCCUGUGUAACCUCAGGUUUGAUUCACAAAGAAUUAGACAAGUUAUUGCUGCAAAUUUGCCCUUUGGUAGUAGUUAUAUUAAAGUCUACACCCCCUUGAACUUUUUUUACAUUUUGUUGUGUCAGUGCCUCAGAGUUUCAUGCAUUUAAA